GAAAGUGAUGUCGAGGUCGUCAGCAUCCAUGCAUUGUCACAAGACGAGCAGUUGCUGGCACUUUGUCCAAACACGGAAGAGAUUUUCAUCUUCGAGCUGGUUUCCGAAAAGUACCAGCGAACCCACGUGCUGCAGAAGCAUUCGCAGCGAGUCACAGGUCUAGACUGGUCCUGCCACGGGAGGCUGCUAUCGGCCUCGGAGGAUCGGACGGCUUUCGUCUGGGAGCGGUCCGGAGAUGGGAGUUGGAGGUCUGUUAAUGUGGAGCUGAAAGCUCCCCGUGCGGCACUCUGCGCUGCCUGGGCUCCGGACGGCGAGCGCUUCGCUGUAGGACUGGCCUCCAAGGACACGGCCGUGUGUCACUAUGAGCCUCAGGUCACAGCCUGGGUGGCCUCCAAGGUCGGCAAGUCCAAGGCGGCGAUCACCGCGGUGGCAUGGCAUCACUCAUCCCAGUACCUGGCUACUGGCUCGACGGACCGACAUCUCAGGGUCUAUGACGUCACUGUCACUGAGCAGGGGCAUGGUCCAAGCUUCAAUGCACUACAGGUGACGGAGGACGCGAGCUCCUGGGUCAAUGCAAUUGCGUUCAGCAAGAGCAAUGUGCUUGCCUUUGCUUGUCAGGAUGCGACUGUUCGCUUCAAGUCGCUCGCCGGUGGCCCCGAUGCUGCCGUAGAGGUGGUCAGGUUGGGCUAA